AUGACAAAUCUGCAGAAGAAAGUUAUAUUUUGCCUAGCUGGUAUAUUAAGCUUUGCUUGUGCCCUUGGGAUUGCAGCAGCUCUGGGAACCCCAUUGUGGAUCAGAGGAACAAUGCUUUGUAAAACUGGAGCCCUACUGGUAAAUGCUACAGGGGAUGAGCUACAAAAGUUUAUUGGUGAAAUACAGUAUGGUCUUUUCUAUGGACAGAGGGUGAAGCAAUGUGGUCUUGGGGGGAGACCGACAAUGUUUUCAUUUUUUCCGGAUAUGUUAAAUGUUAUCCCAGCAAGUAUGCACGUCAGUGUUGUCAUAUUCUCUGCAGCACUUAUAGUGUUUGCUCUGGUGGGAACUGGAUUCUUCAUGUUCAAUGCCUUUGGGAAUCCAUAUGAAACAUUACAUGGUCCAGUAGGUCUCUAUCUAUGGAGCUUCAUAUCAUGUUCCUGUGGCUGCCUUGUAUUAAUCCUCUUUGCUUCAGAAGUGAAAAUGCACAAUCUUUCGGAGAAAAUUGCUAAUUAUAAAGAAGGAAGUUUUACAUUUAAAACUCAAGAAGAACACUUUACAAACUCCUUUUGGAUUAUUUUGGUUUGCACACUUGUUCACUUUUCAAAUGUUUUCCUUAUUCGGCUCGCUGGAUUUGAAUUUCCUUUCUCAAAAUCUAAAGAACUGGAUACAAGUUUAGGUGCAAUUGAUUUAAUGUACUGAUGAAAACAAUGGUUUAGUAACUCCAAUACCAUUUUUUAAGCAUAUUUUUACAGAUUUCUAUUACAUUUUUUUUAUGAAAUCUAAGUAAAUGUUGCCAUAUUAACAGAUGAUUUAAAAAAUACUUUAUUAAUGCACUUUUUGAAUAUGACAAUUUUUUUGCAGUCUACUUUGUUACAAAGUAGUACUUUUCAAAACAAUGAGUAUUUAGGCUGCUUUCUCACCAAAACAACUGCUACCAUCUUAGUUAAAGGGACAUGAAAUGCAAAAAAAAUAUUUUGUGAUUAAGAUAGAGUAUGCUAUUUUCAACAAAUUUGUAAAUUACUUCUAUUAUCUAAUUUGUUCAGUUCCUUUGGUAUCAUUUGUUGAAAA